GAGUUUCCAACCUACGUUUUGGUUAUCUUGUGAAGUGUCGGCUUCAAUCCCCAAGCUUUCUUUGCUCUCCAAGUAGAAGCGUGGAAGCUCAGUUGUUUAGAGGAUAACUGUUCGUUAAACAGAGAGUUUAACAAGCGGUUUCUGAUUGCAGCGACGCUACAGCACGUCGGAGGUUUGUAGAAACAUCAAUUAAGGCUCUCCUGAUUGAAGCUAAGACUCCACGUAAACCUGCGCAGACAUGGCCACACCCAGACGGGUCCCAGUGACUCAGGACAUCGACGGUGAACCCUGCUGCAUCUAUUUUAACCCCACUCUUUACCGGCAAGUUCCGACCUUUGAACCGCAAGAGGGCGAUAUUAUACAGGUGUCGUAUCCAAGAUCCGGGACACACUGGGUGCAGCAAAUCAUCCAGCUUAUCUUGGCCAGAGGGGAGUCGGUGAAAACGUACAACGAAUCCUUUGAGAGGGUUCCUUUCCUCGAAAUUAUGGAAGUCAAGUCGUCCUCAUCCCCCAGACAUCUCCGGACCCAUUUCUCCAUGAGUAAACUUCGCCUCAUUCCAAAGGCAAAGUACAUCUACGUGGCACGGAAUCCCUGGGAUUGCUGCGUGUCCAACUACCACAUGACACGAGAAUGUCCCGGCAUAGAUUUCAUGGACGGAACAUUCGACGACUUUCUUGACGCUUUUCUCGAAGCAAAGGUCGGUUUUGGCGACUACUUUGAGCAUAUUCUUUCUGGCUACAACCACAGAGAAGACCCGAACGUGUUUUUCAUCACGUAUGAAGAACUUCAGAGAAACAAAAAAGAAGUUGUCCUCCGGUUGGCUGACUUUUUAGGCGAAGAACACAAAAGAGUGCUUGAAGAAAACGGGGACGUGUUUGAGCAGGUCCUGGAGAAGAGCACCGUGGAUUUUAUGAAGAAUAUCCUGACGAUGAACCCAAUAGAGCUCACUGAGUGUAUCACAAACAACUCGCCACAUGUUCAGCCGCUCCAGGUCAUCAGCAACCAACAGGUUUGCCAAUCGACCGAAAUCCAUAUCCUCCGCAAGGGAGUGAUGGGCGAUUGGAAGCAGCACUUCACUCGUGGAAACAUCGAGAAGAUGCAGACUGCCAUUAAAGAGCGAACAAAGGGUUCGGAUAUUAUGAAGCUUUGGCAGUGUGACUGAGGUCCAAUGGUGCUUACAAUGACUCGUACGUUUAUGCAAUUGAAAUAUUUCUUUUUCAGGAUCGUACGAAAAUAUGCGCUUAGGGAGGACAGUUACUCAAAUUCUAAAACAGAAUGUAUUGUCACGGGUAGUGACCAAAAACAAUAAAUAAACAGGAAGAAAUAAACCUUUAAUGUGGCGAACUUGUGCCAAAAAUAAAAGGGUACAGAAGAUAAUAACAGAGCGUCGCGGGCGUCGAAGUCGGCGUAACAGCAGAGUCGAACGCUGGGGCAAGACUGCCUGCAGAUCAGCACGCGGAGUCCCUUAUGUACGCGCGUUGGGUUCUGGAACAAUCGGCCUAGAUUGUUCGGCGACUGGAACAUUCGGAACUAAACCAUACGAGAAUGUUCUCGAACACACGAGAAUGCAAUGUUGAAAGAACAAAUAAAAGAGCAUUCCACUGACUGGAA